AUGCCAUCCAAACGACGCAACAACGGCCGCUCCAAGCAUGGCCGCGGCCACACCGCCAUUGUGCGCUGCUCCAACUGCUGCCGCUGCGUGCCCAAGGACAAGGCCAUCAAGCGCUUCCAGGUGCGAAACAUGGUGGACGCCUCGUCUCAGCGAGAUUUGAGGGAGGCCAGUGUGUACCAGACCUUUAUGCUUCUCGGCUGCGGAGCAACGAUGGAGAUGUUGCCCAAGCUCUACAUGAAGAUGCUCUACUGUCACCUGGUGGCAAGCGUGAGCUUUUCCAGCCUUCGUGUGUCCUGCGCCAUCCACGGUCGCGUGGUCCGCGUGCGCAACAAGGUGUUGCGCGCCAGCCCCGAAGGUCGCAUCUACAAGCCCCCCAUGGGCAAGGGCGGUGGCAAGGGCAACUGA